AUGAAGAGAAGAGUAUGUGUGUGUCAAUCUACUCUCAAGACAACACGGAAGAGCAUAUUGGAGGAUAAGCUCUUUGAUAAAGAGAAGGACAAUGAUGCAUACUGGACAACACAUAACUAUACAAAAUACAAAGACGAAUUUAAAGGCAACGACCCAGAAAAGAAAGAAAACGAGUACAAAAUAAUGAGUUACAAUGUAAAUGGCAUUAAUGCAAGUAUUAAGAAGGGGUUGAUUGACUUUAUAAACACUGAAAAGGCUGAUAUCGUUUGUUUGCAAGAGACAAAGUUACAACACAAAAAUAGAGUUGAAAUGCCUGAGUACAAACAUCACUAUUACAAUUACUCAACCAACAAAAAGGGGUAUUCGGGUACAGCCGUGCUCAGUAAAAUAAAGCCAAUAAACGUAACUUAUACACUCAACGAAAAGACACACAACGACGGAAGAAUCAUCACCGUCGAGUUUGACAAUUUUUAUUUGGUGAACACUUACGUCCAAAACAGUGGGAGGAAGUUAGAGAAUUUGGAGAAGCGAGCCAAAGAGUGGGAUGUCGAUUUAAAGUCACACAUCCAUCGUCUUUCUUUAUCUAAAAAAGUGAUUUGGUGUGGUGAUAUGAAUGUUGUGUUACGGUGGUCUGACUUAGCCAAACCUAAAGAGUGGUUGCGGUGUUGUGGGUUCACCAAAGAAGAGAGAAAGGGCACAAGUGAUAUCUUAGAGUGUGCAAACCUCAUAGACCCUUUUGUAUCUCUAUAUCCACAUAAAGUGGCAUUUUACACGUUCUUUCCUUAUGUCGAUAUAAAAAAGUUGAGUGGGAUGCGUGCAGACUAUUUCUUUGUUUCAAAAGAGUGUGAAAAUUGUGUUACGAAAUAUUACAAAAGAGAUGUUAAGUAUUCAGAGUUUGUUAUUUGUGAAUUGUUAUGUAUAGUUACUCAUUAG